GACGGAGGACACCGGCACCCAGCUAUAGCCGCGGUCUUGGGCUCUUUUUUUUCAUUUAUGUUCUAUGUAUUACUGUCCGAAUAAAUAUUCAUUAUUUCAUUCAUUAAUUACGUUACGUAAGUAGGACAAGGAAUGUUGACUUCUUUCCCUACUGGGAAAUACACGGCGAGAGGGGCUGCGGAACGGCCUUCGAGACAGCAGCAGCCAACAGCAGACAACAAAGGCAGCUAUUUCUGAGGUGCGCGCAACUGAAAACCUGGGCCGUUCUCCAAACAUGAAAAAACUGGAACAACCAACAACAAGGAGUUGACCUUGAGUGUGUUGAAAUACUCCAACCGGGACAUCACUUGGGCAAGCCUUAAACUUUUAGAUACCAAAGACUUGAAUCAAAUGGCAGAAACAUUUGGAUCAACCAAAGACAUUGUUAAUGCAAGUGAUAAGAUGAUAGAAGCCAAACAAAUACUAUGCAAACCCCACAAGUUUGGUCAGCAUGCUGCCUCCGUCUCUUACACUGAGGGACACACUUUCUGUGUAGCAGAAUCGGGUCCAUCAGAUUUAAUUGAGCCCUGUCAUGAAUUCAAAGCCUUUAAAAGAAAAGAAAUCAAAAAGUUUGUAGAUGAAGUUAUCCGCUUUGGAGCUGCUUGUAUGAACAGACAGACCAAUGGCACAAUACAUUUUGGAAUACUAAACGACCCACAUGGAGAAAUUUGUGGUGUUCCAGUUCACAGCAAUGAAAGAGAAAUAUAUGAUAAAAAACUAAGGAUUGCUAUUAAAGAGCGUUUUGAGUUUAAGCACAUAAACACAGCAGAAAGAUGCUUCAGACCUCCUCGAUUUGUGGAAGUUCUCACCAAGAAUUCGAAACCCUCUGGAAAGUUUGUGAUUGAGGUAGAUAUAGUUCCUCAUCAUAAAAUGUGCAAAGACAAACUUUUUCACACGGUUGAUGCUGAGACAAAAAAAAAAAAGCAGUUCUUUAUUCGAGACGGGAGCAGCAGCAGAGACCUGCUGGCUCCAAACACAUCUGACAAGAAACAAAAACAGUACCGGUGGUAUGUUGACAAUGUGAAAGAUUCAUCAGAACUCAGAAAACAAGCAGAAAGCAAGGACCUGAAGCAGAUGAUAACCGACGGAAUCAGCUCCUUGUUCAUCUUUGUGGCUAAACCAAUAAUUCAACUCGCUGCUCUCUCCAGGAGAAACUGGCAGUGGUUCUGGCAGCGCCGGCUGUAGCUACAGACAAGC